CGCCCAGACCGGAAGCGGAAGUGAACCCCGAACUCGGAGGAGGAAGCCGGCGCGGCCCCGUCAGCAGCCUGCUGCUGGGACGCCGUGAGGCGGCGGCGGCGGCGGCGGUGCCAACGGGCGGCGGCCGCGCUGCUGUCUGCAAGUGGGUCCCGUGGCCAGGCCGGUAGGCCGCCCGAGGUCCUGCCGCCAUGAAGCUGUACAGCCUCAGUGUCCUCUACAAAAGUGAGCCCAAAGCAAUACUGCUCAAAGCCGCUUACGACGUAUCUUCUUUCAGUUUCUUCCAGAGGUCCAGUGUUCAGGAAUUCAUGACCUUCACAAGUCAACUAAUUGUGGAGCGCUCAGCGAAAGGCAGCAGAGCUUCUGUCAAAGAACAAGAAUAUCUGUGCCAUGUCUAUGUCCGGAAUGACAAUCUUGCAGGCGUCGUUAUUGCUGACAGUGAAUACCCAUCCCGGGUGGCCUUUACCUUGCUGGAGAAGGUACUAGAUGAAUUCUCCAAGCAGGUUGACAGUAUAACUUGGCCAGUAGGAUCCCCUGCUACAAUCCAGUACACAGCCCUGGAUGGUCACCUUAGUAGAUACCAGAACCCCCGAGAAGCUGAUCCCAUGUGUAAAGUACAGGCCGAACUAGAUGAGACCAAAAUCAUUCUGCAUAAUACCAUGGAGUCUUUGUUAGAACGAGGCGAGAAGCUUGAUGACUUGGUGUCCAAAUCAGAAGUACUGGGAACACAGUCCAAAGCCUUCUAUAAAACUGCCCGGAAACAAAAUUCAUGCUGUGCAAUCAUGUGAUGCAGCCCAUGGAGGCCGGCGCUGGAUCGUCACCGUCACUCACAUCAGAACUGCAGUCCCGAGGAAGAAGAGACGUCCAAGAAGAGGACCUGGAGCUGUCCAGACUGGCCAUUUUUAUUUUGGAGUUUCCCAGAAGAAACAAGGGAUGGUGGAAGGGUGGGGAACAUUCAAGUUCGUAUGUCUGGUUGUGAUUUUUAGAAAGAGUUUGAGGCCCCCAAAGGUGUAUUUUUGGGAAAAUGAAACCAUAAACUCUGAGUGUCUCCCAUAGAUGCUGAAGGGCUCAUUUUCAGCUAACCCCAGAAGGCUCUGUGGGAGGGAAUUCAAAGCCAGCUCUUUAUUGAUCCUCAGUAUGCCUCUGGAUUUCAUUUUUGCAUUAAUGAUAUUAACUUCAAUAAGUGGGGUGGGGGAGGGGUCCCUGGUGAUAGGGCUGGGGUGGGCAGAAUUUGAACACUUGGGGAAAUCCUCUCCUUGGGCACCAUGGGGAUUGGGGUGAAUCUGCCUACCACAGUGGCCAGCACCAGGUAGUAGGCCAGCAGUUCAGGCCUAAAGCCUGUGAGGGGGCAGUGGUUGCUAAGUCUCACAAAUUUAUGAGCCCGUUGUUCAGCUUGUCUUUCUGCGAGGAUUGGCUUCCACCAAGGGCAGGACCCAUCUAAACGUCUUUUACCCAGUACACUAAAGGUAACUUUUGGGAGAUGUCUGGAAGGGCCUGAGAUAGGCAGUAUAUGAAGAGUGUGGUUCUACCAUCUAGCAGGCUGAAGAUUAGGCUAGGAAAGGGGACUCUUCUGCUGGUGUUAGCAUGGUCAGCUGGUAGAACCCAUUUUGGCGAAGAUCCAGACACUGGUGCCCUCAGCUGCUCAACAUGGAGGCAUACCUGCCUUGACUUGGAAUUUGACUUUGAACAUUAGGAUCAAAGCAGUGGGUGCUUUCAAAACUGGUUUUUAUUUGCCUCUUCACUACAAGACUGUCUUGGCAACUGCCUGGGGCCUGCACGCCUAAACAAGUCUUUCCUGUGGAUACCAGGAGGAGGUGCCAACAGCCUGAUGCCUCCCAGCACCCACCUGAACUUCCUGUGGUGGGAAUUAUACUGACCUGUGAGCCCCCUCCUGGUCACAGGCAACUACAGAAUUGGUCUGAACUGGUGUCUGCCUUUAGCAGUAGCCACCUUGGCCUUGAGGCCCAGCCCUGGAACCAGGCUGGAAUAGUCCAGGGGUGGUCCUAGGAUGUACUAGGUACCAAACUGCCUCUUCAUGCCCCACCAUGCUCAAGAUGCCUGCUCAAAGAACACUAUGGGUUCCUGUCCUGACAGAAGCCCUUGCUGGGAUGAUAUCAUCUACAAGUAUUGAACCAGUGUCAUCUCAUCCUCAGGAGCCUUAUUAUGAGUGCCCUGCUGCUCUGGGAGCCUGCAUGUGGGUGGAGGUUGGGUAGCAGGGUGGGGUCUGCUGUGUUUUGAGAUCCCUAUCCCCUGUUUGGUUUACCAGCUACAGCCCUUUUUCUCUGGGCACUGUUGGCCAAAGGGCUUUGGUCUCUCCCGGAGUAGCCUGCCUGUAUCCUUUUCCUACUGCCAUAGACAUCCUCAGUCCAGUGCCCCCUGGAAGACACAGACCUAGCCUGCUUCCUGGUACCUGAAGUGGAGUGAAGUGGGCCUGGACCCCAAAAGAGAAGAAAUAGGAUGGUGCCUCCUUUCCCCUUCCUGCUCUGAAGGAUGCUAGGAAGGAGUGUGGGUAGGCGACAGAGGUGUGAGAUUGGGGAAAGGAGGGGAGACUGUCACCCACAUCUGGCUACCUUUCAGCAGGAUAACAGUGGGUGAGUGACUCAGACUCUUAGAUGGAUGGAUGGCUUACCCCACAUCUCCCUGCUCUCUGUUGUGUUCUAAUGUUAAAUCAUUCGGCAAGAGUGUAUUUUAAUAACUACUGCCUAACUUCUCUGUGUUCUGUUUGAGAGGUUCCUGUCUAGAUAAAGUUGUCUUUUGAAAUUCCAAA